AUGGCAUUUGUACCAGACGACCGCCCAGCCCCACCCGAGCCAUCAUACUCCUCACGAGCCCGCUCCCCCUACCGCGCGCGUUCUCCAGCCCCUCGCUCCCCACCCCGCCGCCGCGACUCGCCUCCGCGCGAACGCGAAUACACCAACGGCGCUCCUCCGCCCUCAGCACCCACCUACCGCAACGGCGACGACACCCGCUUCAGCCGCGCCCCGCCCUCCGGCCCCGGCGCCUCCCGCAACUUCUCAACACCCGCCAUGUCACCUCCCGUCGGCCCCUCUACAUCCACCGUCCCCGUCUCGGCCCACAACCGCGCCAGCAACCCGAUCCUCUCUGCGCCUUCGCGGCCACGAGGCGGCGGCCCUCCACGCGGAGGCUAUGGCCGGGAUCCUUACUACGAGCGCGACUAUGUGGGGGGACCGCCGCCGCCUCCGCGAAGGACGUCGAGCGCAUACCACGGCGGUCCGCCUGCUCGAGGGGGCUAUGGUGGUGGGGGGCCAGGAGCAGGCGGUCCACCAUCCGGCCCCCGCGGCCCUCUGCCGUACGCGCCGCCCUUCCGCGGCAGCUCAAACAGCACAUCCACGACCUAUCCCCGCACGCAGCGCUUCAACGGCCCGCCCAGCGGUCCCGGCGGAGGAGCAUCGCAGCAUCUCGAGGGCCUCGCGAAGGAGGUCCCAGGCGGCCAGAGACAGCCGGAGGUGUUUGAUAGCAGCAAGCUGAACAAGCUGGAGGAGGAGGCGAGAAGGCUGCGGGAGCUUAUUGCGGAGAAGCAGGCCAGGAAGCGCGGAGGGGUCAGGGAGUGGGAACGGUUGGGCAGGGAGGCGGAGAAUGCGGAGCUGAGGGCGGAGUUGGCGGAGGGGAGCUUGAGGACACUCAGUGGGGAGGAGGGCGUAGGUGGGGCGGCUUUUUAG